AUGGCCGACAAUUUCGCAAACACGAGUUUCGGUAACCAGGAUUCUGCAAACCCAGUUGCAGCACCUUCCAGUGGAGUUGUCCAUAGUAGCACCACCUCUUCCGAUGCUUUCAACAGUACAACAGACUUAAAGCAGCGCCUUGCUCUUCCACCUGCGCAGGGGAUGCUGCGUCUAGGUGCCUUUGCUGAACAGCCACAGAAACGCACAGAACAGGUUGUCUGUGUAGCGGAUCUGAAAUCAGAAAUCGAAUUGGCGCCUAGGCCCAUGCCAGAAGUUGUUUGCGAGCAGCACCCAGUUCAAAGCUAUCCCAUGUUUGCUGAGGACGUUCAAAAUAUCGCCUGGCCGAGGCCACAGGAUUCGCCGCAGAUAUGUCAGCAGGAACCUGUUGUUGUCGGUGCACCACUCGCUUCAGCAACACCUGUCCCGCAGCCUCAGUCAGAGCCCCGGGAACUGCCUGAGUUGAGUGCCUUUGGCGUCGAUUCUUAUUUGAGUCAGUUUGAUACGACUGGAGGCGGUGGUAGUGGUGCCAGUGUUGGCCUCGCCUCUGAUAGACAUACACCACUACCCCCUCCCACACCACAACCAGCUACCACUGCUAGAACAGAACCCGCGCUAUCUCAAGCAAUUUCGGCAACCCCUUACUCACAUUCAAUAAAGGGACAGUCCAUGCUUGCAGCGUACCCGCCCCGUGGAAUUAUGUCUCAGCAACAGCGACUUCAGCCGUUCCUUAAACAACAACAAGAACAAGAGCAGCAGCCUCAGUCAGAGCCCCGGGAACUGCCUGAGUUGAGUGCCUUUGGCGUCGAUUACAUGGCGGCUAAUCAGCAGCAACAGCAGCAGCAGCGGCAGCAGCAUCAACAAAUGCAGCAUAGGUUCCAAGCUGCUGUGUGUAGGGGUGUUUCGCCAAGCAUCAUGUCGUCCGUUGGAGCAGGAGCAAUGUCGCCGAAGUCACGGCAGUCACCAUUGCCAGUUGUGUAUGAUCAAACAGCAAUGGCUUCGGGCAGUAGAAUGUUGCCGAAUCAGCAGCUACAGACGAUGCUUCGGCAGGGUAAGCUGUUUCCUACUGUGAGUGUUGCUCGCGAAGCGGUUCGCUUCACUGUGAGCAGGCCAUUUUACUGUUUCUUAGUUGAAUUUGAUGCUCUGUGUGUGUGA